AUGGCCGAUGCUCCUCGACUGGCCUCAGACCCCGGCCUUCAGCUGUGCCCUGAAUUCGCUGACCCCGAGUAUGGCAUCUUGCGGCAGGGUUUGGUCGCGGCGGGCCAGGUCGCCUCAGAUGCCGCUGCGACUGAGCACCUGAUCGCCAUCUGGUCUGCCCACAAUGCUGCCAAGAGGGCCCUCUGGGCUGCCCAAGUCGAGGGCGACCGCCUCGCCGACGCCGACCGUCUUUUGCUCGAGGCAGAGGCCCGUCAGCACGCCGACGAUGCCGCUGCCGAGGAGGCCCUUCUCGCCCGAGAGAAGAGGCGCCCGCAGCUGGGCACGCUCCACUUCGAUC